GUGGACACAGCGUCUUAUUUGGAUUCAUUUUGUGCUGAGUUGCUCCGCGGCUCCGGGUUAAAGAUACGACCCCAACACUUCCCACGUAACGAGGAUAUGACCAUGUAGUUCUAGUUAACCGGAGCUUGCAGUGUCAGGGGUAGGUUUUAUGAGAUUAUAGGACAAAACAGCCCGUUCCCAAGUGAAGUGCCCCCGCUGGCCUAAACCUGCUCAAUGUGAAGCUAACAAGAGCUAACAUCUGCUGAAUGAGCUGAAGCUAACAGGAGCUAAACGAGCUACACCCGCUGAAUGUGAAGUGAAGCUAACAGGAGCUAAAGAAGCUAACAUCUGCUAAAGUGCGGUGAAGCUAACAGGAGCUAAAGAAGCUAACAUCUGCUAAAUUGUCAGUAAAGGUCCAGAACUAUUGUUUACUUAGAGGUUGCUGCUCGUUGAAACAAAGGCGAACGUGAUGUUUAACCCGCACAUUCACCACCAUCAACAGCAGCAGCAGCAGCAACAACAGCACCAGUUUCACCAGCAUCUCCGACAACUACAGCAGCUGUUCCAGCAUCAGCAGCCUCCACCUCCACCACCACCUCAGCCCUCUGCGGCGCAUCAUGUUCCCCAUCCACCGCGAGCUAUUCCUGUACCUCCUCAACCAGCCCCCCCUCCCAGGAUGGUCAACUUAUGCCAGACCACUCAGACUACUAUCAUCGCACCCAACCCCAUGCUCCAGGGGGCCCUCCUGAUGCAGCAGAUGCAGGGUAAUAUGCGAGGAUUUGGAAUGGGUGGACAGCAGUUUCGUCAGUUCUUUGCAGCUGGAGCACGUUCUUCUCUUCUUGGGCCGGUUCCCAUGGGUGUGGCCAUCAAGUCUCCUAUGAUGGGAUUCCCACCUGCAAGGCCUGUUUAUCCUCCUGUUCGGUACUAUAACAAUAACAGCAGUGCUGUUCCUGGAUCCUCCGCUGCCAGCUCAAGUGCAACGGAUGUCGUUGCUCGUCAGUCAGAGAAAAAGAGAGACAUUGAGCAGGUUACACAAGAUCUUACUGAAGAUCAACCAGGCCCAAGCACUGCUACUGAAGCCAACGAAGCUGGCCAUACUGCAAAUCCCAUUGAAGAUGAUGGAUGCUGUAUAAUAUCUGAGGAGCAACUUGAAGAACCUGUAAUAAAGAAGCAGAAAACACAGGGGUUUGAGGUGACAAGAGAACAGCCUGUUGUCUGUGCAGCUGAGGCUGAUUGUGAAAUUCUGUCUUCAGACAGUAGUCACCCUGAAGAGAUGGGUUCUAAUGUGGAUUCAGAGGUUCUUGAAUCGGAAAAUGAAAUCCCAGCAGCAGAGGCCCGCGGAUCUUUAGCUGUAACUGAGGUCCAGCAUGUUGAUAUGCCAAUGGUGGAGGUGCCACAGGAAGAAGAUGGUUUACUGCCAGGAGAAAGCCACGAGGAGGGAGAGGAGGAUGUGGAUGAGGGCAACAACAAAUUCUAUUGCUAUCUUUGCAGCAUCACAUGCCAUAACCAACAAAACUUUAGAAGUCACAUGAAUAGCAUUUCCCACCAGCAGAGGAUGAUGGAAAUCCAACACAUGAGCAACGCUUGCCUCGUUACUCUGCUUCCACGAUUACAGGAUUCUCUUCAGGGAACCACCAAGGACGGUGAGAAAAAGAAUGAGUUGAAACGUUGGUGUGUAACCUGCCAAACGCACUUCACCAGCAGCGUUCUAGAGCACCGCCAAACAAAGGAGCAUAAGGUUGCUAGAAAAAUGACAAUAUGCUCCUGCACAAUCUGUAAGAAAAACUUCAGGUCUUCGCAGAUGUUUAUACAGCACUUGCAGACCAUUGAGCACAGAAAAAAAGUGGAAAUGGUCCAAGAAAAUGAAGGCUGUGAAGAACCGACAAAAAUCCCAGAUGGCUUUUUGGUGGAAGAGGAGGGAGCCAUGUCAGAGGAUGAUGAAAAUAUGAAUCAAAGCAAUGCAGAAGAUCAAGAUGACUUGGAUAAACAGGAUGGAGGAGCAUCUAAAGAAGUGACCCUGGAGGACGCAGAUGACAGUGUGCAGUAUGACCCUGAAGUACUGUAUGGCGGACGUUUUUUUGUUCCAGUAGCCGGGUUUAUCUGCAGACUUUGCAAUAAAUUUUACCAUUUUGAGUCACCAGAUCUGCAUUUGCACUGCAAAUCCUUGGAACACUUUGAGAAUCUAAAGAGGUACAAAACUGACCAAAAAUAUGCAGCAAGCAGAAAAUGUGUUGCUGAGGAAGAAUCAAACACAUGUUCUUCAGAGCCCACCUCCGAAACAAGCUCCAAACAGCCGGUCAUUUCAGUCUGUCGUCUACAAAUGCAGACAAAUAAGGAGACGAUAGAGUCAAACGAGACCCUUCAAGAUGUCACCAUUUCAACGCCUAGUGCCAGCAGUUCAGGCCUAGAAAACGCUGAUAUAGAGGAGGCAGCCACAUCCCCGACUGUUGGACGUGAGGACAGCAGCGAGACUGUCCCAGAAGUGACCACAGAGACUGCACCAAGUGUUUCUAAUGAAGGAGAUGUAGAUGAGCAGAAGGCAGUGGUUGGGAAAAAAAAAGCAAAGACAACCACAGCUCCAAGGCGGAGGACAGUGAGAGCCACAAACAGACGCUGAAUCAGUCUGGUAAGAGUAACAAAUUACACAGUAGUUCUUACUGUUUUAUAAUCAUGUGUGAGCUACAAUUGGUAGAACAUUAAAAGUAGAAUUACUGUACAGGAGAGGACAUAAAGUUUACAGUCGUAAGACACUGAUACUGGCCAGUUUCAUAGCAUAUUUCAAAUAAUGUUGCUUGAACAUUGAUUCAUGUCCAAGAUUUCACGUUUUAAAAUGCAGAUAAAUCAAGAAAUGCAGUGAAAAGUGCAAUAGUUGACUUCUGAUGACGCUACAAUUUUACCCGCUGAAGGUAUUGAAUAAAAUUAUUGGCAGCUGCUUUAUAUGGGAAGGUUAAUUAUGAAGUUGAAUGCUGUUUCUAACGAAGCUGGACUGUAGCAUAUUGAAAAUUAAAAUGUAAACAGGUGGAUCACUACGGUACAUGAAAGUAUUAUCAUCCAACACUUUAAAGUGGAACGACUAAAUCCGCUGCUAAACUGUUUCUAUGGCAUUUUAGUCGCAUUAUCUACUGUUCCGAGUCAUUUGGCAUCUUUUGUGCAAAUAAGGUACAUCUGCAGCUUUCUGGUCAAAAACACCUAAAUCUUAAGUUUGUGCUGCCUUUUGUGGCCAUUGCAUUUUUCAGUAGUUUGUGACGUCACAAAAGACUGCCCUAAUUACAUCCAGGUGUUUGUGAGGGGUGGAGUUUUAAGUGUGGAUGUGUGUUUGACCAAUUACACUGUUCCUCGUAAGUCCAGACCCUGCCCCUCCUCGCCCCUCUCUCUUUUCUUCAGUCCUCUGGGUUCUGCCCAGUUUAAUGACUCCAUGUCAGAUGUGGUUGUGGGCGGAGUUUGGGUGUUUAGUCCCACUUUUUGGGAGUGUAAAAUUCCUCCAUUUUGCUGAUGUUAAACCAUUAAAUAGAGUGUUCAUUUGAUGUAGACUUUAUCCUCUCUUAAGGUUGCAGUUAAGCUAAAUGGUACAUGGUGGUAAAAUUCUCUCAAACUUGGAUUUAUAGGAACUUUAAUGGCUCAAAAACCUUUCUUAAAACUUGUUUUUAGAGUUUAGUAUUUUCAGGCAAAUGUAGUAAAUGAGUGAGCUGUUUCCUUGAUGCUGUCGUACAUUAGACAAAUGUAUGACCUGCUGUCUAACAAAUUUAUACUCGGAAACUCCGUUUUAUAUUUAAUUGAAAGGCCCUUGCACAUGCUCAUCUGACCUAUAGUCAUGAGUGUGACUGUCACAUGACAAGAGGAGAGGUAAAACUUGACAGUUUUAGGUGACAUUUAUAUUCUCAGACAAUGUUGUAUAUUUUGUGUGUUUUUUUUCCCAGCUACUGACAAUUUAGUUGAGUUGUAACUUCUACUUACUUUAUAAAAUGUAAUGUAUUUUUUUUGAAUGUUAUAGUUUGAUUGUUUUAAUAAAAAUACAAUUUCCAUACGAGCCAUUU